UAUAUGACCUUAUUUUCUUUCAGAUUGCUGCUUGAAAUGUUGUCACUAAGAGUCACAUUUUGGCUUUUCGCCCUGAUUUCUUUUACCUAUGCUGAGGAGAUAGAGGAAAACCUCUCUGUGUCAGAGAUUCUUGAAAAAGCAAACAGUAAUGUCGUGCGCGGAGCAAAUGAGCCCUUUGUUGUAGACGACAUCGCAUAUGUCUCUGAGCGGGAGAGGAACGCGGACCCCUGCACCUCCAGGCCCGGGGGAUGUCUGUGGCCAAAAUCCACCGAUGGGAAAGUCUAUGUGCCUUAUGUGAUCGCUAAUCAUUACACCUCUCGUGAGCUGGCCGUUAUUGAGCGUGGUCUGCAGUCCUUUUCCAGCUCUACUUGCAUCCGUUUUUUCCCCAGAACUAACCAGAGAGAUUACCUCUACAUCCAGUCUGACAAUGGGUGUUACUCCUACGUGGGCCGCAUUUACAACGCUCAGGUGGUCUCUCUGAGUCGUCAGGGCUGCAUCUACCACAACACUGUCCAGCACGAGCUGCUGCACGCUCUGGGCUUCAACCAUGAGCAGUGUCGCAGUGACCGGGACCAGUACAUCAAAGUCCUUCUGCAAAAUGUGCAAUCUGGACUGGAGUAUGCUUUUGACAAGAUCGCUACCUUGAACCAGGACACCCCAUAUGAUUACAACUCUGUGAUGCAAUAUCACAAGUACGCCUUCUCUAAGAAUAACCAGCCCACCAUGCAGCCUUAUCCUGACCCAAAUGUGCCAUUCGGAACCGCCACUGAAAUGAGCAAGAAUGACAUCUUCAGAGUGAACAGGCUCUAUCAGUGUUAAUGGACCAGAAAAGAGGGGGAAAUCCUUCAGUCCACAAGUUAUGUUGCUGAUACUCUGCCACUGUUGUCACAAUAAAAAGACUUGUGGAAAA